UUAGAGAGAAGCAAACCCAGCAGCUGAUCAUGAACAGAAGGGGAAUCAUGGAAAUGUCGUCGAACUUCGCAGGUUCCUUUCCGGGAGACCCAUCAGGAAGCGGUGGUGCAAGUUCGUCUGGAACCAAACCUCCGGGUCUCCAAGCUAUUCCGAGUAUGGCGCUACUCGGCCGUUGGAUUCAAGGUCUUCAAUUUUCCGCAACCCGAGAACUCGCUCUUCAUAACCUUGCCAAGAAUAGAGAAGCUUGUGAAGAGUAUGCUGUGGUGUUAUGGAAUUCUUUUGGUACUGUUUCCAUCCUUUUGCAGGAAAUAACUAUUGGUUACCAACUCCUAUCAACUCAAAUGAUUACAGACAGAAUAGCGAAUCGAGUGUGCAACGCUCUUGCUCUACUUCAGUGUCUGGCUGUUCACCCAGAAACAAGGCCAAAGUUUAUCAAGGCUAACAUGCCAUCGUAUGUUUUCCCUUUUCUGAACCAAACCAAGAAAGAAAAGCCCUAUGAACACAUAAGGCUUACCAGUUUGGGUGUUUUUGGUGCUCUGGUGAAGGGUGAAGAUCCAGCUGCUAUUCAUUUCCUGAUUGUUUCUGAUGUACUUCCCUACUGCCUUCAUGCUAUGGACAUUGGUGAUGAGCUGUCGAAAACUGUGGCUACAUUUGUGCUGCAAAAAAUCUUGUUGAGUAAUGAAGGCCUGAAAUAUUGCUGCGCCAUUGCUGAUCGGUUUUUCUCAGUCUGCCGUGCUCUGGAGCGUAUGCUUGACAAACUUCCCAAGCAGCCCUCCCCAAAGCUGCUGAAACUCAUCGUUUGUUGUUAUCUCAGGCUCUCAGAAACUCCCAGGGCAUGUGAUGGGUUAAGAAGCUGUCUUCCUGUGAAGCUGACUGAUACCGACUUCGUUGGAUCACUCUGCUCUGUAAGUGAAUUCAAGCGUUUUUUUUUUUGGAUAGUUUCUUCCUUAUGGCAUUGUUUUAAUGAGAGAUUCGUUAAACCUCAUAUGUGUUACUUUGUUAUUUUUUCCAGGAGGAGCCAUCGACUAUCGACUACCUGCAUCAAUUGCUCAAGAAUGUCUCCAAUGGGCGCACACCGACUAUCUGGGGGCCUAUAUAGAUGGCUCUUGGGUAUACAACAGUGUCCAGUACCAGACAUAGACAAACAAUAUAUAGAGAUGAGGGCACAGGUUUUUCUAUUUAGUUCUGAGCCAAGAAUGUAUGUUCUGAUAUAUCGUAGUUGUUUGUAUUUCAAGGAGAGUAUGUUGUUCAUCUUAUCUUCGGACGUGAACGAAAAAACGGGUUGGUGUGGUUUAUCGUAAGUUUGCACAACUGCGGAUGUU